GUCAAAUCAAGAUACCCAGAGGCUCGUCAGCAUCCGGGGGAGCGACACAGAAGCAAUCACUCGAGUCCCAAGGGAGCGGCGACAGGAUGCCUUGCUGUGCCGCACGCUCCUCGGCGGGUGCUGCAUCGCACCGAUAUAGCUUCGUCGUGUCCCUGAUUGACAGCAUUGCGCAGGUACAGCACGAACGACUCUUUGCCGACACCAGAUCUUCGUCAUGUCGGGAACUUAUCCACCCCUGGCUGCCCUAUCGCCCGACAACCAAGGUCCCGCGAACACCAUAGUCGCCAUCGUGCUCUGCGCGACCUCAGUGCUCUUUUCUUCCGUCCGGUAUGCCAUUGGGCGGCAGAAGCUCCUUCAGUUCGACAGCGAUGACGCUACCUUUGGGAUCGCUCUGUGCUUCGGCAUCACAAUGUCAGUCGUGUCGAACCUGUCAGUCAGUGCCGGGCUCGGCCAACACCAGGAUGCCCUGAGCCCAGAGCAGGUGGAGCGAUACUUCAAGCUCCACUGGGCCUCGCAGUUCCUCGCAAUCAUUGCCCUCACAAGCGCCAAACUCUCCAUCGUCCUCAUGUUCCGGCGCAUCCUGCCCGCGGCCCUAGCCCCGCUCACGCUCAAGAUCCUCCUCCCCGUCACCGCCGCCUACGCCAUCAUCUGCAUGCUCCUAAUCGGCUUCCAAUGCCAGCCCCCAACCCCCUGGAUCCUAGACCCAAAAACAUGCUCCUCCCACGGCACCAUCUACUACGCCACCACCGCGCUCAACAUCGCCACCGACCUGCUCCUCGCCGUCUGGAUCCUGCCCGCCAUCUGGGCGCUGCAGAUGAAGCAAGACCUGAAGCUGCUCGUGAUGACGCUGUUCGGCUCGCGCGCCGCCGUGUGCGCCGUCGACGUUGGCAGAUUCGUGCUCGUGCGGCGCGCCCUGCGCUCCGCGGACCAGACAUGUAGGCAGCACGCACUCCCUCACUCCCCCACCCAGCCCUUGGCAAAACGUAGAGUAGAACAGACCGCGCUGAUACUUAUCCCAGGGACCCAGCUCCCCUGGGCCAUCCUCGACCAAGUCAUCGUCCACCUCUCCAUCAACCACGCCACCCUCCCCCGCGUCCACGUCUUCCUCAGCAACCUGCAGACCGGGCUGCUCGUGACGCAGCUCACGACCGCGGCGCCGACAGCCACGCGGUCGAAAGGGAGCAAGCGCUCCGGCGACGCCGGCGACGCGGACGACGCCGUCCCGCUGAGCGGAACCGGAACCCGCGACCGCAGCGCCCGCUGGAAGCCGCACGGCAGCCUCUCGCGGAGAAAGGUGCUCAGGAUGCUGAACCUGGACCGCAGCGGCGGCGGCGACGCGGCGAAGGAAGGCAGCAUCUCGGAGAGCCCGCUGCGGCUGCAGCCGGAGCAGGGCAUCGAGCUGUCGACGACUAUUUACGCGGACUGCGGCGGGUCGACGGGGAGUGCGGGCGGGAAGGUCGAUGAAGAGUACAACAGCAGAGAAGACUGGGGUCGCCGAGCGACGCGCAGCAGCACCGCAAGGGCACUGCGGGGCCAAGGGAUAUAG